GGCGGAGGAGAACUGAGCGACCAGGCCACGGUGCAACGUAAAUGGCUCAUCUCUGGAUCCGUCAAAGAGAGAAGGCUCGGUGCUUAGAGUCAUUGGAUAUGCCAGCCGUCUGACAAGUUGACAUACGUAAAGCACAGCGCGGUUUGGACUUAUUGAGUCUGCGCUAACAGAAAAAGAGGAGGUUCCCGAAUAGAGUCCUUUAUUUAUUUCUUUGUGUCCAGUGGGGAAAAAUAAUAACAGCGACAUAUACCACAGGCACUUCAUUUAUUAUCUUUGUCCGUAUACUCAAGAAAACUGGAUAAGAUUACAGUGGUUACUCGAAGGCCAAAGCCAAGGGGAGGAGGAUGAAGCGGCGCAAUGCGGACUGCAGCAAACUCCGACGGCCGUUAAAACGGAACCGAAUCACUGAGGGUAUAUACGGCAGUACCUUCCUGUACCUGAAGUUCCUGGUGGUGUGGGCACUAGUGCUACUGGCAGACUUUGUAUUGGAGUUCAGGUUUGAGUACCUCUGGCCGUUCUGGCUCUUCAUCCGGAGUGUGUACGACUCCUUUAGAUACCAGGGGCUGGCCUUCUCAGUAUUCUUUGUGUGUGUGGCGUUUACCUCGGACAUCAUUUGCCUCCUCUUCAUCCCAGUGCAAUGGCUAUUCUUUGCUGCUAGUACCUAUGUGUGGGUGCAGUAUGUUUGGCACACAGAGAGAGGUGUGUGUCUGCCCACCGUGUCUCUAUGGAUACUCUUCGUGUACAUAGAGGCAGCCAUCAGAUUCAAAGACCUGAAGAACUUCCACGUGGACUUGUGUCGUCCUUUUGCUGCACACUGCAUUGGCUACCCAGUGGUAACGCUGGGCUUCGGCUUCAAGAGCUAUGUAAGCUAUAAGAUGCGCCUCCGGAAGCAGAAGGAGGUGCAGAAGGAAAACGAGUUUUACAUGCAGCUCCUACAGCAGGCUCUGCCUCCAGAGCAACAGAUGCUUCAGAGGCAAGAGCGAGAAGCAGAAGAAGCAGCAGCAGCAGCUAAAGGAAUAUCUGAAGUGGACACACCUCCAGUGUCACAGAAUGGCGCUCCAGCCAAUAAAAAGACAUCGGCACCACUGCCAGAGUUAGAGUAUAGAGAAAAAGGGAAAGAGGGAAAAGGCGGUGGGGAUGCUAAAAAGCAGCACAACAGCAACAGCAUCCUGCCAUCAUCAGUGGACUCUAAACACCAAGAGAUGGAGUAUAUGGAGAACCAUAUGAACAACAAGAGACUGACCACAGAGCUGGGCAGCACAGAGAACCUGUUGCUUAAAGAGGACAACAAUUCCUCCUGCUCCUCCUCAUCAUCCUCCUCCUCCAAAAACUACAAAAAUGCUAGCAGCAAUGCUGCGAUGGUCAACUCCUCGCCCCGCGGCCAUAGUGCCACCAACGGCAGCGUACCCUCCGCUGCACCAUCAUCCUCCUCCUCCUCCACGGGGAAGAACGAAAAGAAGCACAAGUUAGCAGUGGGGAAGGGGACGUCGGGUGGCUCCCACAGGGAUCCCACAGACAACUGUAUCCCCAACAACCAGCUGAGCAAGCCAGAAGCACUCAUUAGAUUGGAGCAGGAUGUUAAGAAGUUGAAGGCAGACCUGCAGGCCAGCCGGCAGGUUGAGCAGGACCUGCGCAGCCAGAUCGGCUCGCUGGGCAGCGCCGAACGCUCCAUUCGCACUGAGCUGAGCCAACUGCGUCAGGAGAACGAGCUGCUGCAGAACAAGCUCCAUAAUGCUGUGCAGGCAAAGCAAAAGGACAAACAGGCUGUGGGCCAACUGGAGAAGAGGCUUAAAGCAGAGCAGGAGGCUCGAGCCACCGCCGAGAAACAGCUCGCAGACGAAAAGAAGCGAAAGAAGUUAGAGGAAGCCACAGCAGCCAGAGCAGUAGCGCUAGCAGCAGCAUCCAGAGGGGAGUGCACAGACACGCUGCGGCGGCGGAUCACUGAACUAGAAACAGAGUGUAAGAAACUAACGAUGGACAUCAAGCUAAAGGAGGACCAGAUCAGAGAGCUUGAGCUGAAAGUUCAGGAGCUUCAUAAAUAUAAGGAGAAUGAAAAAGACACAGAGGUGCUGAUGUCGGCACUGUCAGCCAUGCAGGACAAGACCCAGCACCUGGAGAACAGUCUGAGUGCAGAGACCAGGAUUAAACUGGACCUCUUCUCUGCGCUGGGAGACGCCAAGAGACAGCUGGAGAUUGCACAAGGUCAGAUUCCUGCAGAAGGACCAGGAGAUAAAAGAUCUGAAGCAGAAGAUAGCGGAAGUGAUGGCCGUCAUGCCCAGUAUCUCCUACACGGCCGACACCAGCAGCAUGACCCCCGUGGCCCCCCACUACUCCUCCAAGUUCAUGGACACCAAUCCCUCCGGCCUAGACCCCAACGCCUCCGUUUACCAGCCACUCAAAAAGUGAACGCUUCGUCCCGCCCCCUCUCCUGCCUCGAUCCUCCCCAUCAUCUUUAUUCUUCCUGCAGGCCCACCACCUUCCAAUCUGCUCGGCAUGUCUGCGGCUGAGAACGUUGUUUUUCUUGGGUUUUUAUUUUUCUCCUCGCCAGGUCAAAAGGAUGUUGUAUCGUGUGACUGUACUUGUUGUAGUUAAAACAAAAGACAAAACAACUUUAAACGGACAUCACAUGUCAACCCAGUUUUUAUUUUCUCUCAAUUGUCUAGUGAAACCUCACAGAAUCGGGUAUGUAUCUUCAUCUCAAGGGGUGUUGCUCUCCCUUUCCCACCACUGCAACCACCUGCGACCAGUUACCUGCUCUUUGGUCCUGGGGCAUAGCUGCUUCAUUAUUUUAGGUUGAUUAUUGCCUCCUAAAACUUUGAAAACAAAGUUCUCCUUUUAUCAUACAGCCUGACUUGUAUCUCAAUUUCUUUCUUUUUCACAAGGUAGUAUGGCAACAUCUGUACAACCAGAGGAAUGUAGUGCGAAGUUGGCACAGACUCACCCCUGUUAUGUUUAAUUAAUUUUUUUAAGACACUAAAUUAACCCUGCUCUCAGCUGCUUUUGGGGUUUGGUGGUAACAUUUUUUUAAAUGUAUUGUGCGGUUCUAUUUGUUCAUUCUUUAAGAUUUCAAGUGUUGAUUUCAACAAGUUGGAAGAGAUCUUGUGUUAUAAGAUUAAACAUGGACCAUAACAUUAAAUGAACCCAAGCAGCUCGUGUGUGUGUGUGUGUGUGUGUGUGUGUGUGUGUGUGUGUGUGUGUGUGUGUGUGUGUGUGUGUGUGUGUGUGUGUGUGUGUGUGUGUGUGUGUUUCAUCAGUUGUCACGAUUACAGUGCCUUGAGUUGAGGACAGAGUGAGUUUGAUGAUGAGAUCGAUCCAACCCGUUCUGAAUUAGUUGUAAAGCAUCUGGCUAAGCUGGAAGAAUUUGACCUACCCUCGUGAAGUGGGACACUCGACUGUCCACUCGAGGGCAGCGUUGUUCCUUAUGUAAGUCACAUUUAACUGAUAUAUUGGACACCACCAAAUUCAUUGUACUCCUACUUGCCUAUCGUCAGUAUGAUGACAUGACGCCGGCCACCACAGAGUCUACUGCUUACAGGUGUCAGGCUCCUCACAUGUUCCCUCACAGAAGUUUUUCUCUGCUGCUGUUAAACCCCCAUAUCCCUCGGUUUAUCUGCUGCCCCCUCUGUUCUUUUUUUAAUUUUAAAGUUGCACUGUGGAAAACACACGAAAGGGAAAACUCUAAAGAUGAACUGUGCAAUGUAAACAAAGCUUUGGAAAUGCCAACUUAAAUAUAGCAGUUUAAAUAAUUGAAUUGAACUAAUCCUCCACUUCAGUUUGUGUGCCAAGACUGGGAAUGCUUGUUUCUCUAGUAACGUGUUAAAGAAUGUACUGCAAAUACAUUGGCUGACGUGUUUGUCAAAAAUCCAGUUGAAUAUCACUUAAUGGACGUUUCUGUUAAGCAGGUAGAGAAAGUGGUCACCUGUUUGUAGUAGACUGCGUAGUUAAAAGUAAGGGACUAGAAAGUCACAUUUCUUUUUGUGAAUGUUACAGUAUUUGCAACGGUUGGGGAAGUGGCUGUUUUUAAAGCAGCUUUUCUUACUCCUGUUUCUGGUAUUAUUGUUAUUUUCCUGCAGGGAGAAAAUCGCUUGAGUCUGAUGUGGUUUCGUCAUCAUUUGAAAUGGUUAUUGUUGUGCGUGUGGUUUUCACCUACUGUAAAUGGAGAUGCUUUUUCCCCCCGCUCAGAUUGCAUCAUUAGCUUCAUUAGCUCCUCGAAAACAAAUGUUGUGAAAAUGACAGUUUAGUCAGUUGUUUGGUCAACUGAUUGUUGAAAGUGUUUUGUUUGUUUUUUGUUUUCUAUGCCCACAGUCACUGCUCUGUUUCUCCCCAGGUCUGACCUUGGCUGUGCUCUCGCUCUGUGAGGUUUACAAGGAAUAAACAUUUUUUUCUUGCAAAUUUA